UCUAGGUAUGACGCGACAACACCAGGCCAUCCUGCUUUCUGCAUCCAUACGGGCGUGACUCCACGGCAAAACCUAGCUAGCUAGCUGAUACAUAGAUGCGUGAAUUCAUAGAUGGCGAGUCGCUGGGGCAUUCGGCCGGUCUAUGAUUGAUUCGGGUGACGCGAGCGGAACCGGCAUCGUUCUCACGUCUGCAAAUCUGAUCCGCGCCAACAAGCCAUUGGCCAAAGACCACCGGGGGCGGAAAGACCGGUACGAGUAUCAUCCAGGCGCUCAAGUUACGGUUCACUUGCUUGAUGACACCACUGCUGAGGGCCGUCUGCUCUACCACCAGGAGCAUUACGACAUUGCUUUAUUUAAGGUUGAGGUGGAUCAUCGUGUUCAAUUAGCCUCCUUUGCUGACACAGUCGACGAUGGUCAAGAGGUUUUGCGGCUCGGAAGAAAAGAAGAUUUUAAUCUAAAGAUAACGCGGGGCGUGGUAGAUUUCCGGAAUCCAGAACUAGAUGAAGGACACCACUACAUGUACUUUUCCCGAGAUAAUAAAUAUGUGGAGAACGAUGAACGACAUGGAAAGAAUGUGUGGAUGGCAAGGGGAAAGGGUCCGUACAUCCGGCCUAAGUGUGACGAUGGUGGAGACCCCGUCAUUGAUAUUGCUGGAAAGUUUGAGGCCAUAAAGUUUCUAGAUCCAACACAUGCUGAAUAUAUAUGGCGCAAGUUAAACAUUGAUGAUGGUCUUGUUGUUGAGGAGUUGGAAAACAAGUUACUGAGCAUAUGUAGGGGCAAUUUUGAUAGAGGAACUGACAUUAAUGCCAAAGUGGAUGUUUCUGUUAAACUGAUGGAAUCAACGAAAUUGGGAGGAAAGCAGUUCAUGGUCGAUGUUGCAUGUGAUUGA